AUGACGCUGGAUCCAAGACUCCUGUCUAUCCCCUCUGCUCGGCCAUCGCCCGGCUUAAUGAUCCCCUAUCAACACCAGCAUAUUCUUCCUGCAGCCACAGACGAUCAAGGCAAUACAACCGACAGGAGAACCAUGCCCAUCCCUCGUUGCAUCAUUAUGGACAUCCCCCAGGACGUCGUGCACGCCACCAACAUUGCCCGCCGCAAAGCAGAUGCAGCUUACAGGGGCUUCCUGUACAUCGAACGCCGCUACAAGGAGCGCUUCUACCGUCUUUGCCCCCAAGAACCUCGAAUGCGCGCCUUAAAACACCUCAGAUCCAUCGAUAGGCUGUUCGAAUGGGGCCCUCGGAGAGGGUUCACUGCUGAUCCGCCCAAAAUACCUACUUGUGGUGUGAAGUUCUAUGUCGAGGAGGCGGCAUAUCUGAGAUACACGAAUAGUUUUAGGCUGUGUCGACAGGAAUUCUUGGAGGGAUCGUAUCGUACAUGGAUCAAAUCGGAUGUCUAUUUACGGAACUUCGUUGAUAACGUUCCUAUGAGCAUGCCGGUCCGUCUUUUGUUCAUGCGGUGGUGGAACGCAUACAGAGACGAGAUGCGGACGUGGGAGGAGAAGAUUGAGACCCUUGUUUUGCCGAGCUGGACCACCAUUAUUAAGGAGCUCAGGGGGACUAUCGAGGAGUGUUUGGAUCUCGAGAAAGAAUGGGACCGUUGGGUUUGA